AAUAUUUUAGGCUUUGUGGCAGUUUGCAUCUUUGUGGGCUGCCAAAAGUAAAUUUAAUUGUGAACAGAGGUGCUAUGUGCCAAAGGAUGUCAUUUCAUCGAUUUGACGUACGCCGUUUCUUCAAACAGUUGCAAAAGUGGCAAAUGCGCAAGGUGAAACCUUUAGCUAUUUCUUUAAUGGAUGUACCUGAUAAAUCUGAGGGCGAUAGGAAGCUCUAUCGGGCCGUAAAUCUAUCGAAUGGUGUGCGCGCCCUGCUCAUAUCGGAUCCUGGUGGCAGCGAUCCGACUGUCGCUUCCCAGUCAUCUAUAGUCCCAUCGAAAGCAUCCAGAAGUGGAAGCUCCGAUUCAUCGCUGGAGCACUAUCAAGGCAAAUUGGCGGCCUGUGCGGUGCUGAUGAGCGCCGGCUCAUUUUACGAACCCCGUCAGUAUCAGGGAUUGGCGCAUUUCCUGGAGCACAUGAUAUUCAUGGGCUCGGAGAAGUAUCCGAUCGAAAAUGCCUUUGAUUCGUUUGUAACGAAAAGCGGAGGCUUCACCAAUGCGCACACAGAGAAUGAGGAUACGUGUUUUUAUUUUGAGGUUGAGGAGCAGCAUCUAGACAAGACUCUGGAUAUGUUCAUGCAUUUGAUGAAGGAGCCACUCAUGUCCAUCGAUGCUAUGGCACGCGAGCGUUCCGCGCUACAGUCGGAGUUUGAACAGACGCACAUGAUUGAUGAGGUGCGUCGCGAUCAGAUUCUGGCUGCCAUGGCCUCCGAUGGCUAUCCGCAUGGCACUUUCAGCUGGGGCAAUCUUAAGUCGCUGCAGGAGAAUGUGGACGAUGAUCAUUUGCACAAAACGCUUCAUGCAUUUCGUCGCAGUCACUAUGGCGCCAAUCGUAUGACUGUGUGUCUGCAAGCGCAAAUGCCACUGGACGACUUGCAAUCGCUGCUCGUUCAACACUGUACUGGCAUACCUCCCAGCGAGGAGCAGCCCUUGGAUGUCUCCAAGCUCCAUUAUAGGAAGGCCUUUCGCGAAAAAUUCUUUAAUAAUGUGCUGCUGGUGCAGCCUGUUGAGGAUGUGUGUAAGGUGGAAAUAACCUGGGUGAUGCCCGCCAUGCGACAGUUCUAUAGAUGCAAGCCGGACGCAUUUAUCUCCCAGCUACUGGGAUACGAAGGUGUCGGUAGUCUAUGUGCCUACCUGCGGCGCCGGCUAUGGUGUAUGAGUGUUAUUGCCGGCGUCGGAGGUGGGAGCUUUGAGACGAAUUCGAUUUAUUCGUUGUUCACGGUUGCCAUCUAUUUGACAGACGAAGGAUUCGAACAUCUCGAUGAGGUGAUGGCAGCCACCUUUGCUUGGAUACGUCUGCUUCACGAUUGCAACACUUUAGCUACCGCUUAUUCGGAAAUGAAGCAAAUCGCGGACACAAAUUUUCGUUUUCAAAUCGAACUACCGUCAAUGGACAACGUACAAAGUAUAGUGGAGGCUCUGCGAUUUCUUCCCUCCAAAGAUGUACUCACAGGGACUCAGCUAUACUUUGAUUACGAUGAGAAGGCAAUAGGUGUGGUAAAGCAGCAUCUGAAUGAGUUUCGAUUCAACAUUAUGAUAUCAUCGCAUAUACCGUACGAGCAUCUGGAGUAUGAUCAGACUGAGCCCUGGUUUGGCACACAUUUCAGAGCCAUCGAGAUGCCCAGUAAAUGGAAGGAAAUGUGGAUGAAUCCAAUCCCACAUCAGGAACUGAAAAUGCCCGGACAGAAUCAGUUCAUAACGACAGACUUUACAGUGCACUGGUUAGAGGCAGGCAAGCCACAUGUGGGCCGAAGACCCAAAGCGCUGAUCAAAGAUGAUUUGUGCGAGCUCUGGUUUCGGCAGGAUGAUACGUUUUUGCUUCCCGAUGGCUUUAUAAAUCUGUACCUAAUAACUCCGCUGAUGCGCAGAAGCCCGCAAGAUUACAUGUCGGGCGUACUAUACACCUACUUGGUGGAAUUUUGUAUCGCCGAGCAAUUAUAUCCGGCAUUGGUCGCGGGUCUAACCUACGGUCUUGAUACGGCCGAUAAGGGUCUGGUGCUGCGUGUCAGCGGCUAUAACCAGAAGCUGCCGAAACUGCUGGAGAUCAUAAUGAAUGUAAUGCAAAAUAUGACAAUAGACCCAGCUCAAGUUGUGUCCUUCAAGGAGCUAAAGAAGCGACAGAUUUUCAAUUCGCUUAUAACGGGCAGAUCAUUGAAUUUAGAUCUGCGUCUUACAGUCUUGGAGCACUUGCGCUUCAACCUGAUGCAAAAGUACCACGCCUUGGAGUCCAUCAACAUAGAGAACGUAGAGAGCUUUAAAAAUAACUUCUACAAGAAAAUGUAUGUGCAAGCCUUGAUUCAGGGCAACUUCACCGAGCAACAGGCUCGUGACAUCAUGAAGAUGGUGAAUACCAUCUUCCGCAGCGAAAAGGUGGAGAAUCUUGGGGAGCAGCAUAAUCGGCUGAUGCAGCUGCCGCUGGGCGAGCAUUUCUUACGCGUGAAGACUCUAAAUGAGGACGACCCCAAUACAAUUGUAAGCAAUUACUAUCAAAUUGGACCGUGUAAUCUGAGAAUGGAAUGCCUGAUGGACCUGGUUGAUUUGGUUGUCGAGGAGCCGUUCUUCAACCAAUUGCGUACCAAGGAACAGCUCGGCUAUAGUCUGGGCGUUUACCAGCGUAUUGGCUAUGGUAUUCUGGCCUAUAUACUUAAUAUAAACACUCAAGAGAACAAACACAAAGCAGAACACGUGGAGGAGCGUCUGGAGGCAUUCCGUUCAAGUAUGCCUCGCCUGAUAGAACAGCUGACAGAUCAGGAAUUCGAUGAAGUACGCGAAACACUAAUCAAUGGCAAAAAGCUAGCAGAUUAUAGUUUGGACGAUGAGGUCCUGCGCAACUGGAGCGAAAUCGUCAGUAUGGACUACUUUUUCAAUCGCACCGACCUGCAAAUACAAACAUUAAAUGGCCUAACCAAGCAGGAUGUUCUCGAGUUUCUUGUAAACUAUGACAAAUACAAUUUGCGUAAGCUCUCUGUUCAAGUGAUUGGCGCGUCCUCAGUGUCCAGGGUCUCGACUACGCAGUCUAUAGCUGAUGCUGUUGCAGCCAGAGGCUCCACUGUGGGCCUGGGCAGAAGGCCCGGUUCCCUGGCCAUGUUGCUCGAUGAGGUACAGCGAAACAUAUCCGAGGAGCAGUUACUCUUUGAACAAAUUGGUAAUCGUAUUCGCCUUGAGUUUAUUGGCGACGGAAACAAUCCUUCACACAUAACAGAUAUAUCUGCAUUCAAAAAGGACCUGCACGUAUAUCCUUUUGUCACUAGCAACCCGAAGUAUGACACCAAGGUGUAGUCGCAAAUGAAAUAAAAAAUGUGUCGUCCCUAUUUGAAUCGUAGUCCAUAUAAAUCAAUCAAAGUACUGAUUAGUGAAUAAACCAAAAAUAUGAA